AUGAACGAUUCGUCAAUCAUUUUGGUGUCCUCAGCACAGCAACUGCCGGCUGCGGUUGUACCUUUUGAUGAUGUCGCCAUCAGCAUCUUCCGCCAGCUGAGCGGACUGCUCCUAGUUUUUUGUUUGCAGAACAUCUCGCGAGAAAAAUCAUCAAACAACAAUGCCCAAUUGCACUCGGUCAGCAGACCAGAUCGCAGGGCCAUAAAGAUGCGCCAUGGAUCCACCUGGCAUACGUCCGCCUUCGUAACCCGUUUCCUUCGGUACAGUACAAGCGUGGUGGAUUCCACGCUUUUGGUUGGUCGACAUCUGGUGCGGAUGUUGGUGCUGCGGAUCCUGAUGAGGAUAUGGGUAUUGACGCGGGGGAGGCUGCUGCUGCAAGGGCUGUUGCUGCAUUGCCUAUCCCGAGAUCGGCGGUGGCUUUUGAGACAUCAUGCCGCUGAGUGGCCCCUGGCCCACUUGUUGAUUCACACACUGUGA